AUGACGACAUGUCACUUCUCACCAAAACUCGACUUCGCAUCGUCGAUUCGCGUGUGGGAAGAGAUGCCUCCAUAUGUGCCACGCAAAAGAUUGAGAGCCUCUGGGCCUGAAGAUACGGGCUCGGCUGGUAAGGGCGCCGGUGAGGCAAGUCCCAGAGCAGGUGCUCGAAAGAGAACGCUGUACGACGAUCUCGACUCAUCACACACGCCUGGAGGCUCAGAUUCACUCCUGCAAGGUCUUGACGGAGCCAGUGAUAGCGAUAGUCCGCUCUCUUCGUUGUCUGACAGCGAUUUUGAAGAUGUUCCUCUCGCCAAGCGGCAGAAAACGGAGGAUGUUGGUGAGGAUGACGACGAUGACGACGAUAUCGAGUUUGAGGAUGUGGAAGCCCCCCCGCAGUUCACAUUUGAACCGGAUGCUCCAGCACCGUCCGGCGAUCUUGAGCUGACGCUGAAUCGGGACACUCGAAUAUCUCUGACGAAUCAGUUUGGCGACAAAAAGGGCCCCUCAAAGCGAGAGCGGAUAGUCCGGAAUGCGACGCACUGUGUUCACAUCAUGUGCCUUCUGUGGCACAAUGCCGUUCGGAAUUCGUGGAUAUGUGAUGCUGAAGUUCAGGCAAUCAUGGUUUCUCACAUCCCCCCCAGGCUCUGGGAUGAGGUAGAUCGCUGGAGACGAAACAGUGGUCUGGUAGACCGCCAACCGCAACCCAAAGCGACAGCGACAAAAAAGAGAGGCGCGAAGCAAGAGUCUCGGGAUUGGGGUGGAACGGCCAAGCGGCUGGAAGAGGGAGCCAUUGAUAUGAGCCAUGGCGAUCCUCUGUUUCGAUUUAUGAAAUCACUAGUCGCCUGGUGGAAACAACGAUUUCGGGUCUCGGCUCCUGGUCUCCGGAAAUGGGGCUACAUGUCGUUGGAGCGCCUGGAUAGACUCACAAAAGCGUACAAGGGCAAUGAAUCAGAUUACGCAGCAUUUGGCGAGCGUUUAGAAGGUAUAGAGGAUUUCCGGCAGUGCGCCACCGACUGCAGAGGGAGUAGAGAUGUUGGAGCUCAGCUGUUUACUGCGCUCCUUCGAGGCUUGGGCAUCGAUGCUCGGAUGGUCGCUAGCUUGCAACCACUGGGAUUUGGAUGGAACAAACUGGAGGACGCAGAUGCUGAAGAUGAAGAAGAUAAACAAGGGACGCCAUCGAAGGCCACUAAUAAGAAGAAUACCACUGGGAAGAAGUUAGAGAAAAAGACAGCCAAAAAGAAAGGGAAAGAGAAGGCAAGAGUCAACAAUACUCCUGCUCGGUCACGUUCUUCUCGAUCUACUACACAAUCGGCUGCUCACACCACUGAAGAUUCUGAAGACGAUUUGGAACUCGAAUAUAAGGAUACAGAUGACGAAUCCAUCGACAUGAAUCUUGCCACCGCAAUCAAGCCACUGGAUAAAAAAUUCGAUAAGGACUUGGAGUUUCCACAUUAUUGGACCGAGAUUCUGUCACCAGCCACCAAAAAAUAUCUUUCAGUCGACCCCAUUGUGAAGGGGACAAUCGCCGUCAAUCGGGAUCUCGUCGAAACAUUCGAGCCUCGCGGUGCCAAAGCCGACAGAGCCAGACAAGUCAUAGCCUAUGUUGUAGGCUAUUGUAGAGACGGAACCGCCAAAGAUGUCACGGUGAGAUACCUGAAGCGACAAGUUCUUCCAGGGCGAACCAAGGGCUCGAGAAUGCCGCUUGUGAAGAUCCCGGUCUACGACCGUCAUGGCAAGGUUAAGCGCUACGAAAUGCUUGAUUGGUUCAAGUCCGCCAUGUCUGGCUACAGGCGAGGAGGCAAGAACCAUCCUUUGACAGAAGUUGACCAACAAGAAGACGUCACGGACCUCAAGCCAGCAAAGGCUGAGAAGAAAGAGGUCAAAGAAGGCGAGGAGACACUGCAAUACUACAAGCAAUCCAAGGAAUUUGCCUUGGAGAGGCACCUAAAACGCGAGGAAGCGCUGAGGCCUGGCGCCGAACCAGUCAAGAUUUUCAAGAACAAAGCAAAGGGUGGCAAAGCAGACGAAGAGGACGUAUACCUCCGAUCCGAUGUCGUCCUCGUCAAAAGCGCGGAAACCUGGCACAAGCAAGGACGAGCUCCAAUCGCUGGCGAAGAGCCCCUGAAGAGAGUUCCAUACCGGGCGGCCACUCUCAACCGGAAGAGGGAGAUUCUGGAAGCAGAGGCCAUGACCGGACAAAAGGUGCUUCAAGGAUUAUUUAGCUUUGACCAGACUGAUUGGAUCAUACCGCCGCCCAUCAAGGACGGCAUCAUUCCAAAGAACGAAUACGGGAACAUUGAUCUAUUUGCGCAACACAUGUGCCCGAAAGGCGCAGUACACGUACCCUUUAGAGGCGUCGUUAAAGUCUGCAAGAGACUAGGAAUCGACUAUGCAGAGGCCGUGGUGGAUUUUGAGUUCGGCCACCGGAUGGCCGUCCCCGUUAUUCAGGGCGUCGUUAUCGCUAAAGAGCAUCACGAUAGAGUGAUGGUAGAGCUAGAGAAAGACGAAACGGAGCGUGUGAGAAAAGAAGAUGAGAAGCGGCGCAAGGCAGCGCUAGGUAUGUGGCGCAAGUUUCUCAUGGGCAUGCGCAUCGUGGAGAGGAUCCGGCAAGAAUACGGCGAGAUCGACGAGAGUGUCUCAGUCUUUGGUCACUCCCGUGGAGAGGUUCGGGCCAGCGAGGCGCCCAAGGUUCACGAUGAAGAAAUGGCUGGAGGGUUUCUGCCUGAAGGUUACGAAGAAGAUGGUGAAGACCACCGGGCGAAUGAGACAUCAAACUUUUUCCCUGCCCUCGAGGAAGAUGAUCAGGGCGGUAAUGGAGACCUUAUUAUGGAAGAUGGACGCGAUGAGAGCGAGGCGGUAGCGGAUGCUCCUGACGCGGAAACUCAAGCAGACGCUGUGGCACCAAGAGCCCGCAAGCCACGGGCAACACGCCGAAGGCGGCAAGCCAUUGAUAGCGAAGACGAGGAGGAAGACGGUGACUAG